AUGGCGGUCGCUCUGAAGAGCGUUCUGCUUGUUGUAAUAAUUCUUAUGAUUAAAAAACCUUGCUUUACAAACAGUAGCUCAUGUUGUUACUGGGAAGCCUCGAAAGAUUCUAAUUCGUUUGAAGGAACGUAUAUCUAUCCAUCAUUGUGGCAGUAUAAGCAAGAAAGAUGUCUCGUUGUCACAAGAGCGUCCUUGCUUCGUAUUUUAUUGCUGUUAGCUGGAGAUGUAGAGUUAUGCCCUGGACCGAUGAAACCUCAAUGCCAAGCGUGCUGGAAGACAAUCCGAAGAAAUCAAAUCUCAGGUACUUGUGCCGAAUGUAAGAAUGCUUUUCAUCUUAAAUGUUUGAAAGACGAACUGCGAAAUAACAAGGAGAAAUUCUACUGUAAUAUCUGCUUUGUUAAUAUCGCAGAUCAAGAUGCUGGUUCGCCACAAACUGUAGAUAGCAAUGUCCUUUGCACAUUUAUGAAGAAACGUGGACUAAAAUUGUUUCACCAAAAUGUUAACGGGAUUAUGAACAAAUUAGAUCAGAUUAGAUUGUUUCUGUGCAAAAAAGAUGUUCAUAUCUUCGGUAUCUCUGAAAGUCAUACUAGUGCGUCAAUUAAUGACUUGGAGCUUGAG